UGGGCGGUGGGCGGAGGUAUAUAGGCACGCGGAAGGCAGUAGGCCUUCAACAGGAACCACUACACUUUCAACGGCGUUGUGGUGUAGCGGUUCCAGCGUAGGCGUUGAGAAAAUUCCUAGAUAGCCUCUGGUUGACGAAAGACUGUCCCAGACUGCUGCCCGGGCUCGAACGCCUGCCUCUCUUUUUGGGUUCGAUUCCUCGAUCAACUGAUUCAAUCACGCCUUUUUUUGGUUGCUUGUGCACUUUACGAUUGGAGGGUUAGGGUUGGUGUCCGAUCGCGAAGCAGCGCAGCUCCCGCUCCACUCCAAUGGCAGUGAAACCGUCACUUCGCAUUGCACAUGGGAUUCUCGUUUUCCCACGUCUCAAACCGGGAAUCCCAAUUCCCAAUUCACGACGCCUCUCCCGCGGAUGGCUAUGGUGUAUAACUUGGUGUUUACUUUGCCCCGGGGCUGCAUCGCUUGAAGCCCAAGAUACAGCAAUGACCCAGGCACCUGCAGCUAAACCCUCCUCAUUUCCGUCAGCAACCAAAGCCCCCUGCGCCUCAAACGCGUCUUCGGGAUUCAGGAAGAGAGCUGUUCCCCAGUCAGCGAAGCAUGAGGACCACGCCAACACGGACACGAUGAGUCGCUCGGAUGAGGAACGGCCGCUGCUGGACAGCGCCGGCGGCGCAUCGUUGGAGGAAGAUGAGCACCAUUCACCAUCGCCGGCAGAGUCUUUGAGCUGGGUAAAGAAGAACAAGUGGAUUAUUCUUGCUCUGGCCAGCGGAGCAUGCGCCGCGUUUAAUGGCGUUUUCGCCAAGUUGACAACCACGGAACUGACAGCGAGCUUUGCGCUGGCCAUUGCUCGCCUGCUCAGGUUAGAGAAUGUACAUGGCGUGGUUGAGAUUGCUGUUCGAUGCAACCAGGCUUUUUUUGGAUUAAACCUUACAUUCAACGGUGUGAUGUGGACUCUGUUCACAACAGCCCUGGCCAGGGGCAACUCGACCACCCAAGUCUCGGUUAUAAAUACGUCUUCAAAUUUUGUCCUUAGUGCUCUGCUCGGUCUUAUCAUCUUCUCUGAGACCUUGCCACCAAUGUGGUGGGCUGGUGCCGCUCUGCUUGUCGUUGGCAGUGUGAUAGUAGGGCGUAAGGACGAGGGGGAGUCGCCCAAGGUGGCGGAGAAUGAGCCCGAGCCAGUGCAUGAGGGUCACGGUGCUACCGUGGUGUCUGGGGCCGAAGAUAUCAUAGCGUCUUCUAGCCGGACGGUUGCACAUGGGCUGGAUACACCUAACGAGGAGGAGGAAGAGGAGAAAGACGAAGAUGUGAUAGAUCUGGGCCAAGAUAUAGAGGCCGAGUGAGCGAUGUUUCGUAUGUAAGCAUAUAGACAUUGCAGUGCACGAAGAAGAGCUUCCAAAACAGUCCAGUUGGACCUAUGGACGGCGUACUACUUACUUCACCUCACGGCACAAGGAUGAAGGAGAGGGCAUUUGAACCUUCGUUUUGCUAUAUCAUUUUCAACCAGGACUAUCACAUGAGCUGGUCUCUCCUAAUGCAAGGCGGACGAUG